AUGUCGUCCCGACGUAACGGAUCGGUGUCCCGCGCUGCGGAAACCGCUUCUAAGAACAGACUACAUAUGGACAGGAAUCCACAGCAUGCCAAGAUUACUGAUCCAUCAAAUCCUGCUGGUCGCCGCAAGGAGAUUGACAAUGUCAUGAAGAGAGCCAGGCAGGCCUCACCUGGCAGCUGGGAUAGAAAACUGUUGCAGGUGGAGGAGAAGGAUCCCAACAGAUGGCGACACACUGGAUACAAGCAGCUGUAUCUCGAUGGAGGUGGUUCACCCAGGUCUCCGAGGCGUUCUAGAUCACCAGUCGGUCGUCGGUCACGUUCACCCGUAACGCGCCGGUCAAGGUCACCGGUACGUCGCUCGCCUAUCCGCAGAUCACGGUCACCCAUUCGUCGGUCACGGUCACCCGUACGCCGGUCGCCGCGGAAAUCGCGCUCACGGUCAAUACGGCGAAGCCCUAGGCGGUCUCCACGAAGAAGUCCUGUCAGACGCAGCAGCCCAGUGCGAAGUCCCCGUCGGCGGAGCCCCGUCCCAGCUAGGCCCAAGCGGGCUAGGCCUCCACCUCCGCCCAGGAAUAGGCCGCCCAGCCCACCUGACCCUAGAAAGUCUUCUUCGGGGUCAUCAGCAAGCAGUUGCUCGGAUGAAUCAUGUUCUGUUUGUUCGGCUAAGAACAAGAAGACUGCUCCACCCAAACCACCACCAGGUGUAAAGCCUCCAGUUCUUCCGUCACCAUCGAAGCGUCCAUCUGGUUCCAGUGGCGCAGUGGUGCUACCCACUCGAGAACUGCUCAAGGCGAGGGAAGCCAGCAAGCGUACUCGAGAGGAAAAGGUGUUGGAAUGGCAACGGUCCCAGCUGGCAGUACGUCCGACCCCGCCCAUACCCCCGGCGCAAAUAAAAAGGGAAGGCGAGAGACGCCGAGAGAGGCCGGACAGACCCGAACGCGGGGUUUCCCCGGCAGCCAUUGCCGCUGCCCUGGCUGAGAGCGAGUCUGACUCCGAAAGUGAUGCAAGUGCUUCCCCUCCGCCACAGAGGCUUACACUCUCCGAGCGUUUCGGCAAGAUGGCGCAAUGGUCGGCUGCGAGAUCAGCUCGAGUGGAAAACAUGAAUAUGAGAAUAACAAGACGCGAAGCAGGCCUCGAUGUCCACAUCGACCCGGCCCCGAGGGAAGCCAGGCCCAGGUCUUUGAGUCCCGGGGAAAGACCUGAUGAUGAUGUACCUGGUUUGGAACCAGCUCCCAUAGGGAGUUACCCAGAGGAGUUGCUGGCUGUCGCUCCUGGUGGUCUACCGUCGUGGGAUGAUGUCAGGGUCAGAUACGACUAUUACAAGAGGCGAGGAUAUCUUAGGGGCCUAUCUCUAGGUGAUUAUGUGAAGUGGGAGGAAUGGUGGUACAAAUACCAGGAGUGGUUGAAGCGCGAAAGGGCAUACGAGCGCUGGGCUGAUGGGGAAGCGAUGCCAGUACGUCGCGACCGGCGUCGUCGCGGAGGCCGGCACCGGCGAAGCUGA